AUGUCCUGGGAAGUCAAGGACGCGUCUACUUACCUAGACAAGUCCCACAGCCAAGUCCUCAGAGACGGGACAGUGGAAGGGCAGUACUCUUACCUGAGGCCUGACGGUAAGCUCCAGGUGGUCACCUACACUGCCAACAAGGACACGGGCUUCGUUGCCAACGUGGAACUGGUGGAUGUGAUGCCUCCAUUCGGCGAAGCUGGUAACCCUGCUUCUUCUGCACGCCACGCAAGUCACAAUGGCAGGUCAUUUUCCCAUUCGAGGAUUGACACAUCUUCUGGUGUUAGUGCCCUGGGUACAGGAAGGUCCCUCCAUUCUGGCAGUUCAAGUGUUGGUCACUCCGUCACGCCCCUGCCACACCUGAACAACUUCGGUAGCAAAACUCUUGAACAAGCAAGGACUCACACAGUAACAACAGCACCAGGUCUCCAUAACAUUAGCCCAAAUGCUCAGGCAACUUUCUUCCAACAAUCCCCCGGAAAUCAGCCUUCGGUUUUGACGCCUGCCAUCCACAGAGCUGCAACAGAAACCUCUUCUUCUUUCAAGCACAACAUUGCUCAGAAUGAUUUCAGAUCAGUGACAGCAGUACCCGUCAUACAUUCUCAAAAACCAGUUGCCACUCUUCAUCGUUCUUUCCCAGUUCUUCCACAACCAGCCAGCUUUAGCAGAAGUUUUUCUGGGUCUUCAGAUCACUCAAAUGUAGAAAGCCUACGAUCUGGAGUAGCCCAUGUAACAUUCAGCUCACCCACACACCAGUAUUCUUAUCCUCUUGAUGGUGUUACCUCAGUAAAUUGA